UGCUCACUUUUGAUUCUAACAUAAAUUAAAUGUCUCUGUUCUAUUGUAGCUGACCAAAGAAAUGCUUGAGUACCACGAAGAUUGUUCACUUUCCACUAACGGCAUCAGUGAAGAGGAGUAUGUCCCAGCAUCAUCAGAGGCCAGUUCAGAUGAAUACUCUGAACAAAAUAGUCCGAAGCAAAGACCAAGCACUUUAAAAUCGAAAAAGAAGCGAGGUAAGAAAGCCAGUGUGCAUUUCAGAUUAGAGGAAUCAGAUGAACCAAGACUGAAAACAAAGAAACGAUACAACAGAAGUGACAGUUCUAGUGAAGAAGAGGAAUCAGGUGAAUCAAGAUACAAAAAGAGUAUUAAGACAAGCACAAGUUCUCGAGUAGAAGCUGACUCUGCAUCAAUCAGAAGAAAAAAAAUUAGAAAGACUUACACAAAAUUGAAAAAAUCAGCUGACUCUGUCUCAGUUGAGAAGAGUGAGUCUCUGGUUAUAGCUUGUGUUCCAAAAUUAACUGGGUCCAAGAAAUACCACCAGAAGAGAAACUUCUGUCUUUACUGUAGGGAACCGCAAUUAAAAAUUGCACGCCACCUCGAACGUAAACACGGGGAUAAAAGGGAAGUUGCUAGUGCAGUGGCUCUUGCAAAGAACUCCAAAGAAAGGAGAAAUCAGCUGGAUCUCCUUCGCACAGGGAAAUCGGGCACACAACAUUGAUGCGCUGACAAAGGGAGAAGGGACGCUGGUACCUUGUAAACAAAGUGAUGACAAGAGCAGUCCAAAAGACUAUCAGCACUGCUUUGCAUGCUUUGGGUACUUCAAGCGCAAGUCCCUGUGGAGGCACGCAAAACGGUGCUCACUUGCUCAAAGUGUUCGCCGAACACUACCUGGUAAAACAAGAAUACAGACACUCUGUGCUUCUGCUCAACCUGUACCCAAAGAUGUGAACAUGAAGGUAUGGGCCCUCGUGAAUGGCAUGACUCAUGAUGAAAUUUCAGAUACAGUAAAAGAAGACCAAUAUAUAAUGAAGGUUGGAGAGAAAAUGUACAACCGGCAACGUGAAACUGCCUCUCAACAUGACAAUGUUCGGCAAAUUAUGCGAGGUCUGGGGAGACUCGUGAUCCUAGGAAGGACGGUGACCCCUCUGAAAAGGAUGGAGGAUUAUAUCAAUCCACAACACUUUCACCAUGUGAUUCGUGCUGUCAAAGAAGUAGCUGGCUUUGAUGAAAAGAGGAACAAGUUUGAGAAACCCACCCUAGCCACAAAGCUAGGGCAAAGCAUCCAGAGAGUUGCAGACAUCAUGGAGGCUGAAGCUCUUUCAUCCCAGAAUAAUGAAAAGAAGCAGGUUGUCCAAGAGUUUAGACGCAUGUACUCUCUUACCUGGAAUGAGAUGAUCUCUUCUGCUGCAUACCGUACACUUGAGGAGAAGAAAUGGAACAAACCGAAGCUCAUUCCGUUAGCAGAGGAUGUGAAAAAAAUGCACAUGUACAUGACUGACAAGCAGAAAGAAUAUUACAGGCAGUUGUCGGAUGAGAAAAACUCAAGGAAUUGGAGCAGUCUUGCCAAAGUAAUAUUGGCACAGAUAAUCCUUUUCAACCGAAGGAGAGAAGGCGAGGUCUCUAAGAUGCGUUUAGAAGCAUUUAUCACCAGGGACAACUCCCCAUUUAAUGAAGACAUUGGUGAAGCGCUGACAGCAUUGGAGAAAAGGCUCUGCCAGCAUUUUGAACGUGUGGAAAUUCGAGGGAAGCAUGGCAGGAAGGUGCCUAUCAUCCUUACUCCAGCAAUGGUGCAAUCUCUGGAGCUACUUGUGGAAGAGAGAAGCUCAUGUGGAGUAGGUGAAAACAUCUACUUAUUUGCCAGAGCAGGCUUUGAAACAAGGCUUAGGGGGUCUGACUGCAUCCGUGAGUUGGCUAAAAACUGUGGGGCCAAAAAACCUGAAGCUCUGUCAUCAACAAAACUAAGAAAACAAGUAGCCACUCUGUCAAGAGUACUAAAUCUAAAUGACACUGAACAAGAUCUUUUGGCAGACUUUCUGGGACACGACAUCAGGGUACACAGGAAGUUCUACCGCCUCCCUGAAGGAACUUUGCAGUUGGCAAAGAUUAGUAAGGUACUGAUGGCCUGUGAACAGGGCAGACUGGCAGAGUUCAAGGGGAAAGGUCUUGACCAAAUCUCAAUCAGCCCCAAUGACCAAUCUGAAAUAAUGGAAGAAAGCUCGGAGGUGUCAUCUGAAUAUGAAGAUCAUCCAGCUGCUCCAGCAGGAGCUUCAGGCCCGCUUGCCGUCUUCCCCGUCAGCGCCCAGCUGCGUUUUGUAGACAGGACCGUAUCUUCUUGCACCACAGUAGGACCCCCCCCCUGUUUGAGCUGUUCCCCGCUUACGACCGUGCACCUCUUCGUGUCUCGCACCGCCCCGUGCCACUGCGCCCCCCCCGGGCGGUUGCUUUCGUCCUGCCUGUUUCGCCGCCGCGGCCUUUCUCAGGGCUCCCGGCGACCCCCUGUCGCUUCCCCCCUCCGCGUGCAUGUGCCUUCUCCGGACGUCCCUCCCAUUUUCGCGCACUACCUCAGUUUCCCCAUGUGUCUGCCUCACGCCCUCCCGACGGCGUUACCCGGAAGCGAGAGCCUCCC